AAACCCAAUUAAACCUCAGAGAGGGUCUCUUUUAAUUUUGCCGCGAAGAUCUGACGCCCAGCGAAUCGCCAACGCAGAGAAGAAACCGGAAGAUCCGAUGGAGGGAGUUGGGGCCCGAACGGGUCGGACCUCGACCCGGUACGGACCAGCCACGGUGUUCAAUGGCCCCGUCAGGAAGUGGAAGAAGAAGUGGGUCCACGUAGCUCCUCCUGCCCACACAUCUCACUCUCACUCUCACCAGAUUAACAGCAAUGGGGGCACUACCCCUAACGGUAAUAACGGUUCCCACCUCCUUCUUUUCAAGUGGGCCCCAAUCACCCAAAACCAAAACGCUGCCGACGCCGCCGCCAAUGGCAGCAGCGACAAGGCCGACGAUGUGGAGGAGCCGCCUCGCCGCAGAUUUAAAUACAUUCCGAUUGCUUUAUUAGAGGAACAACAAAAUGAGGCUUCAGAGCAGGUUGAAGAGGAAGCUAACUUGAUAGAAACUGAGCCAGCUGAAAUAGAGGUAACCACCAAGGAUGAGGGUUUGGAUGAAAAACCUGACAUUAAUGAUGUCCCUAUGGAAGAAAAUCAGGAUUAUAAUCAGGUAGUAUGUCAAGAUCUAAAUGAAAGCACUUUGGAUUUAAGUUUGGGCUUGAAUGGACAUGACAGUGAUGAUAGUUCUGCUAUGAAAACUGAUGAAACGAGAAAAGGGUAGCAGUUGCCAACAGCAGAGGUCAUUGGUUUUUUGACACUGAGAAUGUUACCGCCAGCAGCUAAUUUCUUGGUGCCGAAAGCGAAUGCAAUUUUUUGGCAUAUAGAGAAUGUGAAAUGUACCAUUAGAAUUCUUAAUUUGAGUUUUUCAUUGCUGAGUUGAUUGUUUGCAUAUUGCACCCAUUUAGUAUAAGUUGCAAUCCCAUUCUUUUUCAGCAUUACAAUGAUAAAACCUUUGGUACUGGAAUUCGAUUUUUAUAUUUGAAACAAGAUUUAUGAUUA